AUGUCCCAAAACCUCCGCGACUUCAAAGUCGACAUACCUCGAGCAGAAGUAGACCGUCUCCUACGCAAACUUAAGGACACUCGCAUCCCAACACAAGAAAUCGUGCCAGGAGCAGGAAGCGACUAUGGAAUCUCGACGGAAUGGAUCCGAGAAAUGUACGAUUACUGGAUCAAUGACUUUGACUGGUACAAGCAGCAAGCAUAUAUGAACCAAUGGCCACAUCAUUUAGUGGACAUCAAUGACCAAACUGUUCAUUUUGUGCACGCUCGUUCCGAUCGAGCUGAUGCUAUACCCAUCUUGUUGAUUCAUGGGUGGCCAGGCUCGUUCUACGAGUUCAGCCAGGUCAUUAACCUUCUCACAAAGCCGGAGGAUCCAUCUAAGCAAGCGUUCCAUUGCGUCGUACCGUCGCUUCCAGGAUUCUGCUUUUCCUCUGGCCCACCAAAGGCCCAGACACUGAAACAUGUCGCAGGGAUGUUUCACGAACUGAUGAGGUGUGUUGGAUACAGUGACUAUAGUGUCCAGGCAGGUGACUGGGGUCACUGGGUUGGAAGAGAGCUUGCAGCAAAUCCGACAUAUAGUAAGCACGUCCAAGCCAUACACUUCAACUGGAUACCUGCGCCUCUCCCGCCACCGUCAUCGGAAGUAUUAUCGCCGCGCGAACAGCAAAUUCACGAACGUGUCCAGGCCUGGCUAAACUCUCACCUCGCCUAUGCACAGUUCAUGCGCACUCGUCCCUCCUCUCUUGGUGUUAUGCUCACCGAUAAUCCAACGGCCAUCCUUUCCUUCAUUGGUGAGAAAUACGACGAAGUCUGCAAUCCGCAUAAUCCCUUAACCAGGUCGAAUUUGUGGCGGGACCAUAUUUUGACCACUGUGUGCCUGUACUACUUCUCCAACUGUUCAAAUACAGCGUCUUUGGUGUACUUUGAAAACAUCCGGCACGAGAAAUUCCCAGAAGAAAUCGUCAAGAAGGAGAAUCGUGUGACAGUACCGAUGGGCUAUACGAGCUUCCUGUAUGAUACAAGACCGAGCGUGAGGUGGGGCGUCGAGCAAACUGGCAAUCUUGUGUUUUACAACGAGAGGGACGAGGCUGGACAUUUUGCUGCGCUCGAAUGUCCGGGUGGUCUCGUGGAGGACGUGAGGAGCCUGGUAGAGAUGGUAAAAAGGGGUGAAGCGAAGGCUGAGACUUCUAACUGA